CGACCAUUCCUUCAACGUUCUCAAGAAUUUCAUAUUAUUUCCGAACCAUUAGUUGAUUUUAUACUUGAUCAACGUGUAAAAGAUGCUAAAUAUAGUAAUGCAGAUCCUCUUAAGCUUUCAAAUCUUGGUUUAUUCGUGCCAAAAGUUGUAUCUAUCUUUGAUGAAGUUUGGAAAGCCCAUUAUGAUGAAUCCUCGAAUAAAUCAAAACGAGUACUUUAUCAUGAACAUUCGCUUAUUCUUCUAAGUGUCACAUCAGAGACUUCCUUUUUAACAAAUCCUCAAUUUUUGGAGAUGACACACACGUUCUUAAUCCGUAAUCCUGAAAAAUCAGUAAGAUCUUUUUAUAAAGCUGCUACCUUCAUAAUUAAGCAAGACUUCGAUAAAAGUCAAAUAGGAUUAAGAGAAUCCAAACAAAUUUUUAAUUCAUUAAAAGACAUAAAUAAACAACUUAUUGUUGUGGAUGCUGAUGAUUUGGUUAACGAUCCAGAAAGAGUUUUGAAGAAAUAUUGUGAGUUAAUUGGAGAGGAAUAUAAAGAAGAAAUGAUUCAUUGGGAGGCAAAAGCUGUUAAUGAGUGGAACGGAAAGAGCACCAAAGAUGGAAAUCUUAUGGCCUAG